CAUCCUUUAAUUUGAGCUCAGCCGCCGUGGGGUUCACACACACACAAAGAGGGGGAUCUUCUCAAACCUAAAGCUUAAAGGGAGCAGGAGAUCCACACGGAUUUUUUUUUUCCCACCUCUUUUUUUUUGAGGGGCUAGAGUCUCACCCAACCUAGAACUGGAUUUUUAAAUCUCCAAGACCUUUAAAACUCCUUUAGGUUUUUUUUCUUCCUUUUUCUUAUUUUUUUUUUUAUUUUUUUUGUUCACAUCACCUGAAAGGAAAAGCGAAAAUGGGAGCCCAGUUGUCCAAGGGUGGAGUAGCUGUUGAGGGCAAAGCCGCCGCCGACCCCGCUGCUGCCAAAGCCAAUGGCCAGGAGAACGGUCACGUCAAAACCAAUGGCGACGUCUCGGCCAAGCCCGACGGGGAAGCGGCCGCCGGCGAUGGCAACGGGUCGGCCGAGCCCGCCAAGGAGGGCGAGACCAGCACCGGGGACGCCAUCGAGCCGGCCCCGGCCGCCGAGGGCGAGGCCGCCAAGGCAGAGGGCGAGGCCGCCAAGGAUGGCAAGAAGAAGAAGAAGUUCUCCCUGAAGAACUCCUUCAAGUUCAAGGGCAUCUCGCUGAAGAAGAGCAAGAAGGGCAGCGAGGAGGGCAAGGAGGAGGCCACGUCCCCCACGACCGAGGACAAGCCCGAGGAGAACGGCCACGCCGCCAAAGAAACCAAAGAAGAGGAGACACCGGCCGCCGAGGCCAAAGAAGGCGAGGAGGCCGCCCCUGCCGCCGCCGCCGCUCCUGCACCCGAAGGCGAAGCCAAGGCGGCGGAGGAGGCCCCGCCAACAGAGGCUGCUCCAGCCGAGGAGCCUGCCGCCGCCGCCGCCGCCGCCGAGGGCACGACACCCGCAGCCUCUGAAGGCGAGGCCAAGGCCGAGUGACUGCACCCCGCCGCGGCACCUGAACUGAUUUUCCAAGAUUAAAAUAUAUAAAUAUAUAUAUGAGAGACUCGUGCCACGUUCUUAAAGUUAUAAACAAAACUACAAAAGAAGACAAAGGAUAUAUCACGUUUGCUGAUUCAACCACCAGUUCACUGCCUUUUAUUAGUUCUUCGACAGACGGAAUCUCACCGGGCCCUCUCAUGACGACAGCGUCGGCUUGUCUCGCCCCCCCUUCCCCCCCAUGGUACACACAGGGACUGGCGUGUGGCGAAGGUAAUGGAUUGGAUGUGGAGCGAAUCAGGAAUACUGACUUAUUUUCCCAAUUCAUGGAGAAGCAUCCUUUUUGAAACAGCGUGGCAGCCCUAUAACAUCUUUUUUUUCUUUUUUUUUUUUCUUUCUCAUCUCUUUUGGGAUCUAAAAAAAAUUGUCAGCGUUGCAGAGCGGGGCGGACCAACUCCUUCACUCGAACUGACUGUUAUACGGACACAUAAACCUUUCAAAUGAUCUUAUUAAUUUUUAGAAUUCUACAUUCCUAUGUUUUACCCCCAAAUUUCAAGUAUUUUGUCAUGUAUAGAAAAGUGAAAAA